CUUAACCUUGGAGACGAUAUCGUGAAAGUUGUAAUCGAUUGGAGCAAGCUUCAAAGCACAUCAGCACUUCAGCCAACAUUGCUCUUUAGUGCACUUCAGCAGCAUAUUUUAUGUUUGCAGCCUCUUAUAGAAAAACUCCAGUCAUUGAUUAAAGGGGAGAAUAUAGGCCAUGUUGAAUCUGCAGGUAAAACAGAAGGCCAAACUUGUGAAACAAGUUUAGAUGUUUAUGAUGGUACCUGUCAGACUGAAGAAAAUUAUGCAAGUUAUGACUUGGGAGAUCUGAAGGCUGCUCAUAUUAAUUUUGAUCCAGAAGUGGUCCAAAUAAAAGCUGGAAAAGCAGAAAUUGACAGGCGGAUAUCAGCCUUCAUCGAGAGGAAACAAGCUGAGAUCAAUGAAAAUAAUGUCAGGGAAUUUUGCAAUGUUAUUGAUUGUAAUCAAGAAAAUAGCUGUGCCAGAACAGAUGCAAUUUUCACACCCUAUCCUGGAUUUAAAAGCCAUAUAAAGGUUUCUAGGGUAGUAAAUACAUAUGGACCUCAGACUAGAUCUGAAGGAGCACAUGGGUCCAGUUACAAAGCAAGUGUACCCAUUCAUGAUUGUGGAAACCAAGCUGUUGAGGAGAGAUUGCAAAACAUUGAAGCACACUUACGGUUACAAACAGGUGGUCCUGUACCAAGAGACAUUUAUCAGAGAAUCAAGAAGCUUGAAGAUAAAAUCCUUGAGCUGGAAGGACUGUCUCCUGAAUAUUUUCAAUCUGUAAGCUGUUCUGGGAAGAGGAGAAAGGUUCAACCUCCCCAUCAGAACUAUUCAUUGGCUGAACUUGAUGAAAAGAUCAAUGCUAUAAAACAGGCAUUACUGAGAAAAACAAAAGAAAGCAAGUCCAAGGAGACUGAGCGGCUUCUUCGAUAAAAAGUCUUCAGGAUCCUCAUAAUGCUUUACACAUACUUAAACCAUAGACCUAAGUAGUGUUUGUUGGGUAUGACUUUAACAAAGAAAGCAAAGCGUGCAUGUAAGCUCCUUUUGGAUGAUCUUGAAAGCUUUCUUUCAGAAGAACUAAUUUAAAACAGUCUUACUAAUGAAAUAGUUACUUUAAAAUGAAGAAUGUUUUAGGAAUAGCAUUCUAGUAAUCCAUUCCCUUCUGUUCUAAAG